AUGAAGAAAGAACUAAAGAGGUUCAAGAAACUGCUGAGUCCAGAUUACCCAGAAUGCUCUGGGAGGGAGGAAGAGGAGCAGGAGAAGGAUGAGCAAGAGGAUGAUGGUCAGAACCAAGUCAGAGAAGGGACUCUGAAGAUCACACUGCACGUCCUGAGGAAGAUAAACCAGACAAACCUUGCUAACACACUACAGAGCAGACAUGCCCCUUUUUGUAUGAAAAAGCACAAAUCCAGAUUAAAAGAAAAAUUUCAGAGAAUCAGUGAAGGAAUGUCAAAUCAAGGAAGUUCAAGACUUCUGAAUGAGAUCUACACAGAGCUGUUCAUCACAGAGGGAGGGAGUGGAGAGGUUAAUAAUGAACAUGAGGUGAGACAGAUUGAGACACAAUCCAGGAGACAAGAGACAAGGGAAGCACCAAUAAAAUGCAAUGACAUUUUUAAAGCCUCACCUGGACAGAACAAGCCCAUCAGAACUGUGCUGACUAAAGGAGUCGCAGGAAUUGGAAAAACAGUCUCAGUGCAGAAGUUCAUUUUGGACUGGGCUGAAGGAAAGGCAAAUCAUGAUGUUCAUUUCAUAUUUCCACUUCCUUUCAGAGAGCUCAAUUUGAUAAAGGAGAGAAAUAUCAGCCUGUUGGACCUUCUACGUCAGUUUUUUAUGGAUACAAAGGAACUGAGAACAACUGAUAUUCAAGACCACAAUGUCCUGUUCAUCUUUGAUGGUCUGGAUGAAUGUCGACUUCCUCUAGAUUUCCAGAUAAAUGAUUUUUUGUGUGAUGUGACAGAAUCGGCCUCAGUGGAUGUGCUGCUGACGAACCUGAUCAAGGGGAAUCUGCUUCCAUCUGCUCUCCUUUGGAUCACCUCUCGACCAGCAGCAUCCAGUCAAAUCCCUCCUGAGAGUGUUGACCGGAUCACAGAGGUACGAGGGUUCAAUGACCCUCAGAAGGAUGAGUAUUUCAAGAAGAAAAUAAGUGAUCAGAGUCUGGCCAGUAGAAUCAUCACACAUGUCAAAUCAUCAAGGAGCUUCUACAUCAUGUGUCACAUCCCAGUCUUCUGCUGGAUUUCAGCCACAGUUUUAGAGAGAAUGUUGAGUGAAGCAGAGAGUGCAGAGUACCCCACGACUCUCACUCAAAUGUUCACACACUUCCUGAUCUUUCAGAUCAAACUAAAGACCCAGAAGUUUGAUGGCAAAAAUGAAGAAUAUCUUCAUGAGCUCAGGAAGGGCGUCCUGUCACUGGCAAAACUGGCUUUUGAGCAGCUGAAAAGGGGGAACCUGAUCUUUUAUGAGGAGGAUUUAAAGCAGUGUGGCAUUGAUGUCACAGAAGCAUCCAUUUACUCAGAACUGUGUACCCAGAUCUUCAGAGAGGAGUUUGGACUGCACCUAGGGAAGGUGUACAGCUUUGUUCAUCUGAGCGUUCAGGAGUUUCUUGGUGCUUUAUUCAAGCUUCUUAUUAUUUUUCAAGAUAAACAAACAAAAUGUAACAUCACAGAUUUACUGAAGAUAGAAGUGGACAAGGCCUUACAAAGUGAAAAUGGACACUGGGACCUUUACCUCCGCUUCCUUCUGGGUCUUUUACUGGAGUCUAAUCAGACACUUUUACGAGACAUCCUGACACAGACAGGAAGCAGAUCUGUCAGCAAACAGGAAAUAGUUGAUUACAUUAAGAUAAAGCUCAAGGAGGAUACCUCUCCAGAGAAAUCCAUCAAUCUGUUACACUGUCUGAAUGAACUGAAUGAUCAUUCACUAGUGCAGGAAGUCCAAACAUACCUGAGCAGAACAGGUGUCCAUUGUCUCUCUGGAGUCAAACUCGGCCCUGCUGAAUGGUCUGCUCUGGUGUUUGUGUUGCUAAACUCAGAAAAGGAGCUGGAUGAGUUUAAACUGAGUAAAUAUUAUAAAUCAGAAGAAGGUCUUCUGAGGCUGAUGCCAGCUGUCAAGGCAUCUAGAAAGGCUGAUUUAAGUGACUGUAAUCUGACCGAGAAGAGCUGUUCAGUGCUGGCCUCAGCUCUCAAAUCAAGCUCAUCAUGUUUGAGAGAGCUGGACCUGAAUUACAACAACCUGCAUGGUUCAAGAGUGAAGCUGCUCUCUGAUGGACUGAAGAAUCCACAUUGUAAACUGGAAACACUACAGUUGUAUAACUGUAAUAUCAAAGAGGAAGGUUGUGCUGCUCUGGUUACAGCUCUAAGAUCAAACCCCUCACACCUGAGAGAACUGAAAUUAAGCUGGAAUAAAUUAGAAGACUCAGGAAUGAAGCUGUUCUCUGAUCUACUGCAGGAUCCACACUGUAAACUGGAGAAACUACAGUUGUGUCACUGCAAUAUUGGAGAGGAAGGCUGUGCUGCUCUGGUUUCAGCUCUGAGAUCAAACCCCUCACACCUGAGAGAACUAGAUCUGAACAAUAAUACUCUUGGAGACUCAGGCGUGAAUCUACUUUCUAAUCUACUGAAGGAUCAACACUGUAAACUAGAGAAUCUACACCUGGAAUUCUGCAGUAUUGGAGAGGAAGGCUGUGCUGCUCUGGUUUCAGCUCUGAGGUCAAACACGUCACACCUGAAAGAACUGAAUUUGAAUUAUAAUCAACUAGGUGAUUCUGGAAUAAAGCUGCUCUCUGAUCUACGGAUGGAUCCACACUGUAAACUCGAAAAACUACAUACUGAAUCUCUCCUGGAGCAAUCUACAAAUGACAAACCAAAUCCAAAAAACUACUGCUAUCAGUCAUAAACAAGAAGAUCUACUGCUCUCUACUGGGCAUUGACAUGUAUUAAUUUAGCAAUUAAUAACUUAAUUUAUUGCCCAUGAAUGGCGUUGGCGAACAUACACUUGUUAGACUGUUUUAAGGUAUAAAUGCAUUUCCAGUGUCAGUCCUGAAGGCCACCAUCAUAAAGACCAGAUGCGCUGCCAUGCUCUGGGUCAUGUGCAGAGGCAUAAU